GUCGAUUCUACCAUCUUCACAUCCUACCCAUCCCACUUUAAACCUCUCAUUUCUUGACCAACGAACCCCCCCUGGUUGUAUACAUUGUCCAUACCUAACAAUUGCCCUUCCCAGGUGACGAGGUACUACAAGUUUGUUCUCGACUCUAGUCGAUCAAAGCUAUCAACCACGACCCAAGCCAUCGUCAUCAUCUUAGGCAGCCUUCCAACGAUCCUCCCAUAAAGCAACUGCAGAUCCUCACAUCUCUUCCACCUCUUGCGGCGCCUUCUUCCUCCUUCAUCUCUUCCUCUCUAUAAACCACCGACGUAAUCAUGCCUGCCGCAUCUCCACAAACAGUGAAGUUGAAAUCGACUCUACGACUGUUAAUCCCACGAUUACGCAAUGCGCAGAAAAAAGACACGGCCCUGUCAAUCGCGGCGCGAAGGGAGAUGGCGGAACUACUGUCACAGUCGCGGGAGGCGUCAGCGCGGAUCCGAGUGGAGAACAUCAUCCACGCCGACAUUACGGUUGAAUUGAUGGAGAUCCUCGAACUUUAUGCGGAGCUAUUACUGGCAAGAGCGGGGCUGUUGGAUGUGCGGGAUAAGAACAUCAAGGAUGGUAUAAUCAGUAGUGGCAGCGGAGGAGGAAGUGGAACGGGUUCAACACACGAGGACAACACAGGUCUGGAAGAAGCCGCUGCCAGCCUGAUAUAUGCGGCACCGAGACUACCACGCGACGUGCGAGAGCUGCCGCUAGUGCGCAAUAUGUUGGUCGAUCGGUUUGGCAAGGAGUUCGCCAUUCGAGCCAAUGACAAUGUCGACGGCAUCGUGCCUGCCCGCGUCGCCGACAAGCUCAAGGUCGACCCGCCGAGCCAGCGUCUAGUCCAGGCCUAUCUCGAGGAAAUCGCCCGUACCUAUGCAGUCGACUGGCCGAAACAUCGCGAAUCGGAUCUGGUGGAUGAGGCUGAAAGGGAGAUUGAGGACGAAGACGGUGAUAAUGAAGACGAUGAUGGGGUCGGUGGUGGUGCGAAAGAGACACCCAUCCUCGCUGAAUCAGGUCAACCACCAUCAUCCUUAGAGCCAGCGAAGACAUCCACCCCCGCCACACCUAAACCCAACAAGAUCGAUAUAGGAAAUCUCCAGAACGCGACGCCCCCGUCGGACAUUGGAGCUAAAAGUCCCGUGUCAGUGGCUCCACCCGGUGCUAGGUCUGAUAAUCCUAGUCCAAAAGUCCGAUUACCUGGCGGAGGUGUAGUGGGAGGAGGAAAGAAUCCUAGUACUGCCAAACCGAUAAAGAAGGCUACCACAACCACGCCUGCGACGACAACGACCACGAAACCUACGACGACAGCCGCAGGUGGAUCUGCUGUUGGUGGAAGGGUCCCGACGGUAGAUGACCUGGCAAAGAGAUUUGCAGCGUUGAAAUGAUCAAUGGAUGUUUAUUUGGCCGAGUUGCAUAGAUAUACUGUAAUGAAUUCAUGAUUCAUGAUGGCUGGAUGUGCAAGACAUCAACUAGCCUGAUUCUGAAAA